UACUCGACGAGUAGGGAUCAGCCUUAUCUCCUACUGUAGUGCUGACUUGAUGCAACCCUUGGGUACGCUAAGAUACGAAAGGGGCCGAGCAGCCGCCAGGUAGCAGUCAACAGGCACCAUUGACAGUCCACGGUGAUAUUACCGUGGCUAACCUCUCCCGACCUCGUUUAUAAUUACAGUCGGAUCCUAUAGGAUCAUCACCUACCACCAUGUCUCAAUGGCGCUUCAGGGGAGCUAGUCCUUUUCGUGGGCAGAAAGCUGACACGCGUAGCAUAUUGCUCAGAAAUUUCUUCCUCCUCUCCCAUUCUUCUCUUCUCUCUCUUGUUGCCUAUCGAAAUCAGUCAUCAUGGUCAGGAGGUCGGCUCCCCUUUUGUGCUGUGUAAUACAGCCGUGGAUUUGCCAGGCGGCUAGCACUACCACCCUACCCAAGGCAGAUGAAUCAAUCGUCCUUCCACGACAGGUUAACGGUGCUAUCAGUCCCUCGACAUUUCUGCGCAGAGGCUAUCAAUCGUCCGCGGUUUUAAACGGGCGCGUGUACAUUGACGGUGGUGAGAUCUCGUACUACAGCGGCACUGACAUCACCUUUCAAUACUCGAACUCCCUGCUUUCUAUCGAUUUGUCCCAGGACUGGACAAGUGAUUCAGUUCGGUUCGACUCAACAUCCAAACCGUCCGGUGCCGCCAACCUCGCUGGCGGAGGGCUUUGGGUAGACGAGACGGAUGGUGUCUUAUACACGGGAUUCGCCGGCACCAAGUCUAAUUUCGGAGAUAACGCCGAUCAGCCUCAAGGCCUAUGGUCAUUCAAGCCGGAUGGCACAGGAGGCGGAACCUGGCAAAACCUGAACAACACUGCAGACAAGACGUUUACGGAACAGCCGAGACCGUACAAAGGCAGAACAGCCAGUGGCAAUGGUUUUGGUUACUUCCUCGGAGGCUAUGAGAGGUUCGGUACCAAUGCGUCAGAUCUCACCGAGGCACCGAUGAGCAGCCUUCUUACGUACGACUUUGUGUCGAAGAAGGUCACCAACGAAACCGUUAACCUUGCUUCCACACAGGGGUCGGAGCAAUUUGGAAGCAUGCUUUACGUUCCCAACUUUGGCAAAAAGGGCAUCCUCGUUUCCGUGGGAGGUCUCAUCGCGAAAUUGAAGGCAGACAACGACGACGAGAAGCGCGUUUCCUUGGACACAGCACGCAUCUUCGACAUUGACAGCAGAGCUUGGUUCGAACAAAGCACAUCAGGCACUCCCCCCGCACCAAGGCAGGAAUACUGUAUGGCAGGAGUGGCAUCGGACAACCAGACCUACGAGAUCCUCAUCUAUGCCGGCUGGGGUGGUCAUUUGGGCAGCGCAUCCGUACCCUUCGACGAUGCCUACGUGCUCACACUGCCUGGGUUUUACUGGACCAAAGCGCCCUACACAGCGCGGAAUCCCAGACACUCCCUCAGCUGCAACGCGGUCGGCGGUGGUCAAGUUAUAACAAUCGGAGGCGUCGACACUACGAGAGAAGGGCCCAUAACAUUGUAUAAGGGCGUUUUCACGACUACUGAUCCAUUCCCACAAGGCAUCGCGGUGUUUGAUCUUGCUACUUUAAAGAUCACAGACACUUACAAAGCGAACCGAACCUCAUACUCGCCUGCGUCUGCGAUUCAGUCAUACUAUAACGAUAAAGGCAGAAAACCCGAGUCCGGCUUCACCAACAGCCAACUAGAGUCCGUCUUCGCGAACCAAAACUUCAAAGCCACCGACAACAGCGACGCCUCCUCGCCCUCGACUCCCACCAACUCCUCCUCACCAUCUCCCUCUGGCUCGAAAGACCCCUCUAGCAACACUGGGAGCAAGAGUAGCAGCAAUGCAGGAGCCAUCGCCGGCGGCGUAGUAGGCGGUGUCGCAGCCAUUGCCGCAGGAAUUGCACUGGGCUAUUUCCUCGCUCGAAGGCGUACCAAGAAAAAGGGCCUAUUGGAGAACGAGGAGCAGCAAGUUCAACAGCAGCAGCAGCAGCAACAACAGCAGCCACAAUCGCCGCAGGGACAACAACCAGAACCACAACCACAACAAGUACAGGAAAUCAAAUGGCAGCCGGGGGGUUACGAACCUUAUCCUGCUGGCGGCGGCGAGGCGCCAUACUCUGAUGGUCGUGGGUACGAUGCGGCUGGAUACCAGCAUCAGCAGGCUUAUGAGCUUCCGCCACACCAUGUUGUUCAUGAGAUGCCUGAGAGGCGAAAUGUUAGUGAGAUGCCUUGAGUUUGUGGCAACGACAGUGAAGGAUGGUGAUCAACAUGACGAAACUAGAUGAGACGAGCAAUGGUGUCCAUUUGGGGUGACGGCACACUACCUAUUUUACGGUUAUGCACUUCCAUUGACGAAGCACUUGAUGAAGACCGAGGUCGAUAAUGGCUCUGUUAAUAAGAGAUUACACCCUUCAAAUG